AUGGCCAGUACCCCGUGGAAUACAAAGAGCAAAAUACCUGGGUCCGGAGCAACUCUCAAGAUCACACCGGCCAAUUCACCCGUCUUAAGGCCCGGCACCCGAUCGCCCAGUAAACCCUCACCGCAUCAGUCUGUCUUAUCCCUACAUACAGUCAUCGGAACCACCACCGCUACACCCAAUGGCUUUUCUUCGCAUGAGCCUAGCAAAUCGUUUGCCCUAUGUGUGGGCUCCGCCGCAAUAUUAGCAGAUAUUGAUAUAGAUGGGACUGUCAAUCAACGCUUUUUCCGCGCACGCCCCACCGCCACCCCUGUGAACCCUGUCGUCUCAUUCUACAACCAGCCCGCGAGCCCGACAACACCAGACAACCGUGUCAGAUCUGUUGCAAUCAGGGGAGGGAAUAGUGGAGGAAUAUCUCCUGCGGCCGACUGGGCGGACUCGAGUGGCGCUCGCACAUGGACAUCACGCGAAAGAAUCAAGGCGGUUACAAGCGUCGCAAUUAGCCCUAAUGGAAGGUUCCUAGCUGUUGGGGAGACUGGGUAUAAUCCUCGUGUCUUGAUCUUCUCCACAGCUCCCGAUGCACCUCGCGAUAUUCCGCUCACAGCCUUGAUGGAGCACACGUUUGGCGUGCGCAGUCUCGCAUUUAGCUCCAACUCACAAUACUUAGCGACCCUGGGAGAUAUGAAUGAUGGAUUUCUCUUUAUUUGGCAGAUCAAUUUGCGGACUGGAGCAGCGAAGCUUCAUUCCACCAACAAAUGCACCUCUUUUAUCCGCGACAUGUGCUGGAUGGGCCAAACGCUGAUAACUGCAGGCGUGCGCCAUGUCAAAGUUUGGAGGCUCGACUCGCGGCCUGGGUCACCUUCAAAACUACGUCCUAACAGCGACAACUUCUCGAGCUCCUUUUCCGGCAACCCGAAAGCUUUGUCCGGACGAAAUUGCCUUCUAGGCUCAUUAGGAGAACACACCUUUACCUGCAUUGCGAGUGUGUCUGAUUGUGAAGCGAUCAUCUGCACAGAUAGUGGCGCGGUCUGUCUACUCGACGACAGUGAGGGUAACCAGAAAUUGACGGUCGUCAAACACGUGCCAUUCGGUCUUACGUCAGCCGCAGUUGCUCCCGAGUCUGGUAUUGUCUGGCUUGGUGGUCGAGGAAGAAAGUCUUUGAAGCUGAGAAUGGAAGACAUUCGAGAAUGGACGAAAGUCAGGUCGCCAUCUCCUACUUCUCCAGUCGACACUCUCAUCCCAAAGGGUAGACCAACAUUUAUAUCCAUGGCAUACCUUGCAACACAUAUUGUAACGGUUGAUUCGACGAAAGCCAUUCACAUUUGCCCUGUUGACUCAUUCGGGAACGGGGAUGACGAAGAUGUUCUUCGAGAUAGCCUUGUGCCUGCUCAUCGGGACCAGGUGCUAGGUGUAGGACCGCUUAAAUUGCCAAACGUGUACAAGGCCGACUUUUUCACUUGGUCGUGCGAGGGUUCGGUUAAUUUCUGGGAUAUGCAGGGUAGAUGCCGAGCUUCAAAAAAGGUCGAACUAGAACAGUUGGCUUGGGGAGAAGAUGAGGUUGCCAAUGAACUCAAAGUCCUACGGGUCGCUGAAGAUGCAAAUGCCUUUGUGUCGGGUGAUCGAUAUGGUGUGCUUCGAGUUCUGUCUGCGGAGCCUUUCAAAUGCGUUAAUGAAGUUCGAGCUCACGGUACAGAAAUUACUGACAUCGUCGUCAAUUCCACACCUGGAUUGUGUCUGAUUGCUAGUUCUGGACGUGACCGCAUGGUGCAGCUGUUCAAGAAGACUGAGGAAAGCUUUGAACUGAUUCAAACAAUGGACGACCAUGUGGGAGCAGUAGGGCAGUUGCUCUUUAUGAAUGAUGGAGAACGAUUACUGUCUUGUUCUGCCGAUCGCACAGUCAUUGUUCGUGAAAAAGCCACCCGAGAUUUUGAAUCGUCUACGGUAGUUGCAUAUCUCAUGUCCAAGGUUAUCACUCUUAAAGUGACGCCUCUGUCCAUGACAUUAGCACCCGAUGAUCCAGAUACACUCGUGCUGUCGACACUUGACCGUCACAUACAACGUUUUGACGUUGCCUCCGGUCGGCAUGUCCACUCAUUCAAGGCUACUGAUUUUGAGACCAACGACGCCGUCGUUAUGAGCUCCUUGACUGUAGCUACUGAAAUCCCUGGGCAGAGUCCUCGCAUCCUUGUGGGUGUUUCAACUACUGAUAAAUCCAUUAGAGUCUACGACUUCGAGCGAGAUGCACUCUUGACCAAGGAAUUUGGCCAUUCCGAAGGCGUUAGUGAUGUCAUUUUACUAGAGCAGAGGAAACCUUCAAAUCCACAUGAAGUUGGCCGUAUUCUGGUUAGCACUGGUUUGGAUGGAGUGGUGAUGAUAUGGGACCUCUCGAUACAGCAGCAGCAAGCCCAGGAAUUAUCGCAAGGCAAUAUUCGUGACGAAGAGGAAACUCCGUCAAAGGAGUUGGUCGCUACAAAACCUCCGCUUCGUCGAAUACUCUCAAGAUCAGAACUUGCGGGAUUCCGCCAGGACGCCCUUAUGGCAACACCGACACCAAUCCGUGAGCAGUCCCCGCCUCGCAUACGCAAGAAGACUUCUCGGUAUACGCUUACUCCAUCUUUGCCUCGAAACACACGUAACGACUCACCACCACCCUUACCGAAUAUCCGCCGAUCUCCUGUUCCCAUUCUCGACCCUCGACGGUCCCCGUCUCCCCCUAGUCCCAAAACCCGACUCAUCAAUGGCGUAAAUCGUCGUUCAAGCGUAAACAACCUCCGCAACUCAUCAUCCAUCGAUUUCCGAUCAUCAACACGGUCUAGGAAUUCCACACCUAGUGAAUUCGGAAGCCUCAACAUGUCCACGGAGCAGGUCUGCCGGACAUUACGAGCCUAUCGCAAGAAGCUCCACAGCUCCACAGACUAUCCUCGAGGCGCAAAAGAGCUAGAACGUGAACUAAAUCUGACUGUCCACGCCCUAGGCGAACGAGCAGCCCGCCACAGCCCAAGCCCUGAUACGGAGGUUGACAGCAGCGAAAAAGAGAACAAAGACAACCAUAACAGUAAUAGUAUCGUCGUUCAAAAACACGGUACCAAAAAGCAAACAUCUUCUUCGUCCACAUCCUCUACAAAUACAUCGUUACUGGCACCGAGCGCGAAAUUGACAAAAGUCGCGAGACGGAUGCCAUCUACGCCAUUACUGUCAACGAGAUCGGGAACGAGACAAGUUUCGAGAAGUCGUUCGCUGGAUGCUGAUGGCGAGGGAUGA